CUCGUCCCGCCGGUCCAGAUCUCCGACACCUUCCGCUGGGACGAUGCCGAGACCAAGCCGGACUAUGACUAUUCCCGCACGGUCAAUCCGAACCGCGACCUGCUCGCCGACGCUCUGGCCGAGCUGGAAGGUGCGGCGGGCGGGGUGGUCACCAAUAGCGGCCAGUCCGCCGCCUUGCUCGCUUUGCUGCUCAUGCCCCACGGCGCGACGGUGGUGGCGCCGCACGAUUGCUAUGGCGGCACCUACCGCCUGAUCCAGGGCCUCGCCGAUCAGGGCAAAUUGCAGGCGGUCUUCGUCGACCAGAGGGACGAUGCCGCCUUCGCCGCCGCGCUGGAGACGCGACCGGCCCUCGUCUGGCUCGAAACGCCGAGCAACCCCCUGCUCCGCCUCGUCGACAUCGCGAAGCGCGCCGCCGAGGCAAAGGCCGCCAGCGCCCUCGUCAUCGCCGACAACACCCUGCCGACCCCGCUCCGCCAGCAGCCGCUCGCGCUCGGCUGCGACCUCGUCCUGCACAGCACGACCAAGGCGCUGAACGGCCAUGCCGAUCUGUUCGGCGGCGCCCUGCUCGCGGCGGACACGGCUUUG